GCCGACCAACGAGAACAAGCACGUAAACUGUCACACAGUGCAAUCGAGCGUCGUCGGCGAGAACGAAUUAAUGAUAAAAUCUUACAGUUACGACAGCUUAUACCGUCGUGCGCAAACCAGGACCAUCUACACAAAAUGACCGUCUUACAGAGCGCGAUUGAUUAUAUCACCUAUCUCAAAGAUGUCGUUGCACGCUUGGACGGCGAAGAUCGUGUCCAUGUAGAUCUAAAGAUGGCCAAAGUGCCUAGAUCUAUGGUUCCCAAAGAAGUUGAAGCGUUCACCACGCAGUUCUCGGUC